AUGGAAGAUCCAACUAUCAUUGAAAGGGUAGAGUUGUUGGUUUCACCACUUGGUGGAAUUCCACAACGAAGAGUUGCCCAUUUUUUAGAUCCGAUUGGUACUUCGAUUGAAGGACCAAAUUUGAUACCUCAUUCAAUCCACUUUCCAUUUGAUCAAUCUGAGUGGCCAUUGAAAGUCACGUUUCAUGGUUGCAAUGGAUGGAGGGAUCAACAGAAGAAAUGGAAAGAAUGGGUUGAAACGAUGGAGUCUAUCCAUCGCCCUGUAUGGAUAGCUGCAGGAAUUUAUGGAGCGCUAAAAGGUUCAACUUACAGGGUCCAUACCAACGAAAAUUUAAUAUUUGGGUUGGUAGAGAGGUGGUCUUGUGAGACUAACAGUUUUAUUUUUCCGUGGGGUGAAGCUACUGUUAGUCUUGAAGACAUGAUGGUUUUGGGAGGGUUUUCUGUUUUGGGUGACUGUGUUAAGUCCCCCCUUCAAUCCCCUGAGUUGGUAGAGAUUGAAGAGUAUCUUGAGAAUGCAAGAAGAGGACUUAUCGGAUCAAAGACAAACAAUCAGAGUAGGUGGUUGAAUUACUUCAUGAAUAGUGGUAAGGACUACGAACACGAAGCUUUUCUUUCUCUUUGGUUAUCAAGAUUUGUGUUUCCAUGUAAAAUAGGUGCUCCUGUUUUCUCGUUAGCUGUUAAUCUGGCUAGAGGUAUGCGGCUAGCGCUUGCUCCUGCUGUUCUUGCUAGCAUAUAUAGGGACUUGGGCUCGUUGAGAAAGGCUAUGAUAGAGACAUGCGGAAGAAAUAGAGACAUAAGUGAGAUUCAUAAACUUAAUCUUUGGUCGCCAUUGUUCUUUGUUCAAGUCUGGGCUUGGGAGAGGAUGGUAUCUUUGCAGCCAGAGUGCCCUCAGAAUUACAAUAUAGUCAGUGGGGUGAGAAUAGGCCGAUGGCACAAUGUGAAACAAACGGGUGAAAUUAAUUUGAGGACUACUAUUGAUGCAUCUGGGGAGAUUUUUCUGUGGAGGCCAUACGCCUUGGCUGUGGAAGCUGGUUGGUCAAUUUUUCCCAAGUUUUACAAGGAAAAUGAAGAGUGGACAAUAGUUGGAGGGCAAAAUUUGGAUCAAGGAAUGGAGUCUUUUGUUCGAUGCUUGAGGGUGUCUGAGCUUGUCGGUUUAGAUUGUCAAGAGCCUUAUCGACCAAAUCGGGUAGCAAUGCAGUUUGGGUAUGAUCAAGACUUCCCAAAAUGGAUUCCUCGCUCGCCUUCAAGUCCAGAACUUGCCUGGUACAAUUACAGCAGACCUAUUGCUUCUGAUUUGAGGUUAUACUAUCCGUCUAGGCUGUUUGAACCGGAUGUAACAACACGGUAUUUUAAAUGGUGGAGAAACGAAACUGAUUGUCAAAUGGAGAAUUACCCUGAUGUUCCUCCGGAGCAUAUUGCAGAGGAAACAGUUCACACAUCCAUUGACGGGAACGGGAGUAGCAGUGCAGGAAGCAUGGAAAGGAGCAAAGCUUCAGUGGUAACAGCAACGUGUACCCAAAUAACUGAAGGCAAUAUGGCGAUGGGAAACCAUGAGAAAGAGAGCGGUACAUAUGAUAUGAUCGAUAUUGCGAAACUUGAGAGGAGGAUUAAAAACCUUGAAAACAUCAAUUCUGGAAAGGUUCCAAUAUUCAGGACAAAGUGA